CAUACCAAACAAACGAGACCUUCGCGAUCGGAUACCACUAGAUGUUAAAGCGAACGGUAUGGUUCUCACGCUUUAAAACUGGAGUGGACGAAUUCGAGGGCGGAGUGUGUUUGUCAUCCAAGUGUGAAGUAUUGACUGCCUGCCUCCGAAAAAUAGGAUUUUUCUCUCUCUCAUCCGAUUGCGCCUGCUAUCGCCCAGCAUCACAUUGGGAGGAAAGCGUCGGGGAUCCGGAACAUCUGCUGCACUCCUGCAGGGAUCUGUGGAGAUACGAGACCGAACCGGCAUCACUUACGAGCGGAUACUUAUAAACAACACUAAUGCACCUGAGAUGAGAAAUGGAUUACUGAUACAAUAAAUAUAAUCUGUUUGGGGAUCCUGUGGCAGAAGAUCCACAGGUGAACAAAUUAUUUGACCGCAUGUACCAACUGUGAUUUCUCGCAUCAGAUUUGAGGAACUAAAGCUGGUAAGGUAUAAGAGGGAUUGAAGGAUAUGGCCAUUAUCCGGAUAUCGUUACUCUUGCAAGUAGGAUUUGUUAUAGGAUCAAGUUAUAGAUACGUGGAACAUGACCGGGACCUACAAGCAAAGCUGGCCAUUUAUAAUACGCAUAACAACCAGCAAGCGCAUCUUCGGAAACCUCAUUCUAGUUCAACGCAGAAGAUCGAGGACCAGGUACCUAAAGUGGUGACUGCGUUUCUGCACACGGGGGAUAUCUCCACCUUAAAAUACGCCAACUGCUCCAGGAGAUAUGAGCUGGGGGUGUUGCGGGGAAGGACGCACGGAGACGCGCAUCACUCCAUGCGCGGCGUGCUGGACACGGUUGUUCACGCCACAAACUUCUUAAACAUGAUCUUACAAGCCAGCAAAGAACAGAGCCCCAUACGUGAUAUGGAGUGGUAUCAUGCCCUGGUCAGGAGUAUCCUGGAGGGAGACCUAAAGAUUUACAGAGCUGUUGUCACCCUAAGCGCAGGGUCUACACUUGAAGGGCCACCUGUUUACCUUCAGGCCACCCGGGCAGGUGGAGAGAUAAUUCUCCAGGAUUUAUCCAGCAAUGCCCACCGUAUUUUGAGAAACAGAACGGCAGACACCGAAUGGUACCAUGAGCAUAAAAAUAAAAAGAAGGUCCAUCUUCAAAAACGCGUGCUGAGUCAAGAUUUUGUCUCAUAUGAUGCCUCCUUGCGCAGUGGAGAAAGUUAUGUCACCGACAAAACACAGAUUCAUUGGUCAGCUCCUUAUUUAGAGUGUGAGAAUGGGAAUUUCAUUCCCAGAUGGCUUUUGACACUGUCUGCUGGCUUCUAUGGCCUUAAACCCAACCGGAGUCCAGAUUUCAGGGGUGUUGUUCGUGUGGACGUCAGCUUGCAGGAUGUGGACAUUGAUCAGUGCUCUGCAGAUGGCUGGUUUGCAGGAACACACAGGUGCAACCUCACCACUAUGGAGUGUUUGCCCAUUCCAGGUCAUGGAUUUGUGCUGGACAAAUACAGAUGUCACUGCAGAAGCGGGUUUUACCAUCCAAGCAGAGUUGCAGUCAAUGGCUUUAAAAGAAAAUCAAAUGGAAAGGAUACGGUGGGGUUGUCACAUCACAGUGAUCUUCCAGAAGGUUCCAGCCAAUGUCUGCCAUGCCAGGAAGGCUGUGCUUUUUGCAAGGACGACACGGCCUGUGUGGUUAGGGGUGAUGACGCCCUGCGUAUGGCGAUUCUCUCCUUUCAGGGACUGUGCAUGCUGGUAGACUUCAUCAGUAUGGUGUUGCUCUACCAUUUCCGCAGGAACAAGAGCAUCAGAGCAUCAGGACUCAUCCUACUGGAGGCCAUCUUGUUUGGAGCACUUCUUCUGUACUUUCCGGUUGUGAUUCUGUAUUUCCAUCCGAGUGUUUUCCGCUGUAUCCUGCUGAGAUGGGUUCGUCUGCUCGGAUUUGCCACAGUCUACGGAACGGUCACCCUCAAACUCUACAGGGUCCUGAAGGUGUUCCUCUCACGUACAGCCCAGCGGAUACCUUACAUGACCAGCUGGAGAGUGUUACGUCUGCUGUGCGUCAUCCUACUCAUUGUAUUAUGGUUUGCGAUAGCCUGGACCUCCGCUGUGUGUCAGAACCCGAACAGACAUCUCGCUCUCAUCACUGUGGGCUUUACCACUGAUGCUCUGCAGUUCAGCAUGUGUCUGCUGGACCGCUGGGACUACAUGAUAGCUGUGGCGGAGUUCUUGUUCCUGUUGUGGGGUGUGUAUCUGUGUUACGCCGUGAGGACUGUCCCCUCAGCGUUUCAUGAGCCACGCUACAUGGCCAUCGCUGUGCACAAUGAACUCAUCCUCUCUGCCAUAUUUCAUGUUAUAAGGUUCACUCUUGCCUCAGAACUUCACCCGGACUGGAUGCUGUUGCUUUUCUUUGCUCAUACACACUUGACAGUGACUGUCACUUUAGGGUUACUCCUUGUGCCAAAGUUUUUAUUUGCGGGAACACAUCUAAGGGAUGACAUUGCUACAGAGGCCUACGAAGAUGAAUUGGACAUGGGACGGUCAGGGUCAUACUUGAACAGCAGCAUUACGUCUGCCUGGAGCGAACACAGUCUUGACCCAGAAGACAUUCGGCUGACAAACAUACUGAGCCAUGGCAGUGUUUUAUUGCAGACACCAGAGGAAAUGGGCCAGCUAAGUUCUAUUAAUGGCUGUGGCGUAAGGUCUUGCGACAGUCUUUGGGAAAAACGUACAAACGAAGAGCUGAAGAAACUCUAUUCCCAGUUGGAAAUCUAUAAAAGAAAAAAGAUGCUGGCCAACAAUCCUCACCUGCAAAAGAAGCGUAGCUCCAAAAAGGGCCUAGGACGCUCCCUCAUGAGGCGCAUCACAGAGAUCCCAGAGACGAUGGGACGUCAGUGCAGCCGUGAGGACAAGGACCUGGGUGAACACGGGAGUAACCGCAACAGUAUCUGUGUCCUGAGGAAGAACCCUUUUGAACCAUCACACUCUGUAAAGCCUGCCAAAGAAGAGUCCUUGAAGAGCAAAGUUUUCUCUCUUAAAAAAUCCCACAGCAGUUAUGACCAUGUUCGUGACCAUAGUGAGGAUUCUAGUAGCUCGGUAACUGAUAAGAUGGAAGUCGCAAACACAGAGGGCUCUCUACUUGAAACCCUAAUGGGUAAGAAGUUGGUCAAGAAGUCCUCUGAGAAAAUUGAUGCGACAAGUGAGGCAACAGAAUCGGUUCCCCUGGUGUGCAAGUCUGCUAGUGCCCACAACCUGGCAGCUGAUAAGAAACCCAUUCACCCGAGAACAUCCAUGCUGCAAAAGUCUCUAAGCGUUAUUGCUAGUGCCAAAGAGAAGACUCUUGGUCUAACAGGAAAGACCCAAGCAGCAGAGGAUCCAACAAAGAAAACUAAUCAAAAGAACAAGGAUGCCAAGACCCCAGCUGAAGCUGAAGACAAUGAAGGUUAUCCAAAGAUGAUUGUCAGUCAGUCAGUGGAGUACAAACAGACAGCUGCCAAAACUGGUAUAAUGAAGCAACAGAUGAGUGGAAGCCAACCCUCCAUAUGCUCUGAGUCAACAAAGGGGAAAGACUUGUAUGAUCUCUCAGAGGUCUGCCCUUGGGAGGUGGAGGACAUACCCACUCCCUCAGAAAACAGAGUCCAGAAACAUGUGUCCAUUGCCCCAGAACAGACAACUACAAUCCAUGGAAGCAGCAAAAAGGUGACAAAGCAGCAACAGAAACAGAAAGGUACAGAGCAAUCACCCUCUUUGGCCAGACAUCCAAACCCAAAGGUUGUAGACCUAACAGACACUUGUCAGUGGGAGGAAGGAAAUGAGGUCCAUGGACACGCGAUUGGGUCAAAACCUCUCUCCAGUAGUAAGCCGGCCACAUCCCAGUCUCAAGCAUCUGCAGAGGUUACCAAGGCUGCAAGAGCUGAUGUCUGUCCAUGGGACUUUGAAGAAGUGCAGAGCAAGCCAAAAGACUCUGCUUGCCCCCCUGAUCAGAGCAGACCUAAAAAAGGCAACACAACAAUGGAGAUCAAAAACAAAAAAGUCUCCUCGCCUACUGAAGUCAAAGUCAAGGGUAGUACACCUACAGAGGGCAGAGCAAAAAAUCUGUCUGAGCCCACUAAAUGCACAGGCCGCUCACUGCACCCACCAUUAAAGACAGAGGUGUGCCCAUGGGAAUUUGAAACUGUCACAGUUCCCAUCUCUGAAAAGACCUCUUGUUCUUCUCAGGUUUCGAAAACAAAGGAGACCCAUGCUAUGAAGAAGGCAACUUCCCCUGUCAGAAUAUUAGAGACAGAUAAAGAGAAGACUAAGGGUGCAGAUGAUAAAACAGGAAAACCACAAGUAAAAGAAAAUCUCACCUCUGGCAAGACUAAAGACAGACCUGCCAGCCAGUUGAAACUGGCUGAGGUAUGUCCAUGGGAUGUUGAUAGUAGUCAGGAAACUGUCUCAAAGGAAAAACAAAAAAGCCCAAAUGUUGCAAUAGCAAAAAGCAAGCAAGCAGAUGUUUGCCCUUGGGAUUAUGAAGAUGCAGCAACAAGUAAAGAGGCAAAGAGGAGCACCAGUUCAUCUUCUGGGAAACAGAAAAGCCCAAAUUCCAAAGGCAGAGUUACAAGUGAUAUCAACAUGUCAGAUGUCUGCCCUUGGGACUUUGAAGACCAAACGUCGACAAAAAAGGCAUGACACUUUACCUUAGUGAACCAUUAGUUAGUCCCCGUUAAAUGUGCUUUUUCUUUCAUAAAUACACCAUGGAAUAGAAACUUUAAUAGAUGUUGAUUUAAAGAAGAAAAUCAACAAGAUGCACAAGCUGCCUUUCUCUUCAAUGUUGUUUUCCUUUAGUGUUUUUGGAAUAAAAAUUAAAACGAAAAAAUUGCAACUCAGCAGGCAUUCCAGAAUCUAAAGUAUUUAUUGAACCUUUAAAUAGAAAUAGUAGUUUACAAUUAUGCAACUCUUUAUGUGCAAUGUAAAAAAAAUGAUGCCUAUACUCAUCACAUGUAUCCUCAUUAACUAUCUUAAUAGUUGCAUCUGUAGCCUCUCCUAGACUCCACAAAAGAUUGUACAAGUUGUGUUCUAUAGGAAGGUCUUUAUUUGGACCAUGCAUGAAGUGUCAAUAAGUAAGCCUGGUCCUUUUCCUUUUAUGUUUGGUUUCAUACACUAUGAUUUGGUUUGCGCAAAAAAUUAUAUUUGCCAAAGAUAGAGGUAACAUCCAAUAAAUCCAAGAACUCGAACCUCAAGAGCAGAGCCUAGAGACACUCAUGUACAGUGUGCCGCAUGCAUACGGCCGCUGGGAAAACUAGCCUGUAGCACUUUAGUAUAUAACAUACUUGGACAGACAGUUUACAGGACAUAAAACUAUUUAUAUCUGCCUUAGUUUGUAUUUUUGCCAUUGCGUUUUAUUUCUUUUAAGGGCCCAAUAUUAUGCAAAUCAACCUUUACAAGGUGUUUGGACAUAAAUGUGUGUUGGCAUUGUGUGGAUACGUACACCCCGCAAAGAAAAAAAAUCCACCCACUCUUCAUUUUUUAAUCCCCCUUAAACCAGAGCAGUCUCAUUGAUUUUCUUGUUAAUGUGAUGUCACACUAACAAUGCUCCACCCACACUCACUGACUAAUAGCUUUUCUUAAUGUAUUUGUUAGCAUGUUGUAGCACUAAUGCGGCUAAAAAUAUUAUUGUCCCAGAUUGUAUUCACAGAAAUCAAAUAAAUUUUUAACCGAAAGCAGUAGCUCAUUUGCAUUUAAAGGUACACACAUUUUUGAACUUAAACUUCACAGACGCAUAAAAAACUUGUAAAAAUUGGCAUAAUAUUGGCCCUUUAGGGCACUUUGAACAUAUUGUGCACGUCUGCCUUUUUUUUUCUUUUAUACAUUUUCCUCACUAUAAAAAGACAUUUCUAAUGCUUCCGAAUUUGCUGAUAUAUUAUCCUGAAUGUGCCUACUUGAAUAGUCCUGUACCAGUCUUACUUUGUAUUAGAAGAUGUAAAACCUUGUCAUAGCCCAUGUUACACAUACCCAGUAAAAAUCAGCAUCUAUUUUUUUGGGGGGAAAAUUUUGAUUUACUUUGUAUAUUAGCUUUGGUCCAAAAUUGUAAAAGCGUUUUGAAUGGGGUGCAGUAUAGACAAAAAAUGUCCAAUACUAGAUUACGGGACCAUAAAAUAUUGUUUCUCUUGGCGUAGGGCACAAUCAUUACGGUUUACCUGUCUUUGCCUCUAUUGUCCUUCCUUUUUUUACAAGUAGACCACUCUUGACAAUAUAAAAAUAUGUCAAAAUUUAUUCUCUCUCAUAUCAGAUUCUGACCCAAACAUAAAGCUUACAUAGUUGGUAAUCUUAAGUAUUUUAUUAUGGUGAUGACAUCAGUUCAUUUACAAAGUAAAACCUUGUUCUCAUUUAAAGUUUUUUUGUUUGUUUGUUUUUUGGACAGUUUAUUGAAACACAUAUUUAGAAACAUUCCCAGUGUGACCACUGAUAAUUUGGGAAUUCAUCAAUGCAUUUAAAUUACUGUUGGAAUGUGAAUAUAUCUUGUAUGCCUUCUUAGCACAUGGUCAUAGGUAAUUUGUAAUGAUGUCAACAUAAUGGUGUCACACAUAAGCGGGCCUACAUGGAAUCUGCAGAUGUGUUGCAUUUUCUUGGCAGAUUUUUAGAAUUUAUAUUGAAUGGAUUUAAAAGUGUAGUAAAAUUUGUUUAUUGGAGCUGACUGUACUAGCAUCCACAUAAUAAAAUUAUACAACUUUUUGAAUGCUAUUGGCAUUCCAAUAAUGCUGGAAUCUGUGAAGUUUUGCUGCACCUUUUCCAUGUGGGCCUGCACACAAGGCAUGAACUGUUGUACAGUAUAAUGCCUCGUACUAAUUAUAUGUGAAAUGUCUGUAUAAAAUGUCGCUUUCACAUAUUGCGUUUGCAAACCAAUCGUUCAGUAACUAGAUGGUUUUAUAAAUGUAAUGACAAAUAUUCUUGUUCUGUAUCGCAGUGUGCACACUAUGAAUUAGCAAGAGUACAGAAGAAGCAUUCAACCAUGUAUAUAUGUUACAUGUACCAAAGAGGUUAAAAAUGUCUAAAAAUAUUAUUCUUUAUAUUCUGUGAAAGAAUCCAAUGAUGUCAAACUCCAGUUUCUUUAUAGUGGGGUAAAUAUACCAGUAACUUUUAAGUCACAAUUGUAAUGCAAUUCAGUCUCUGCCCUAGUACUUACAUGGUAAAGAGGUCAUUUCUUUUUUGCAGAAUAUUUUAAACCUUGUAAUUUAAUAUAUAAUAUUAAGCAUACAAUUUCAUUCCAACAUAUUCUGGGUUGUUUAAACUAAAAGGUCUUCUUGGGUCCAAAAAAAUUUACCUAACCCGAAAUGAACAGAAUCACUUUUUACCCAUACCUGACAUGCAUAAAUCUUUUUGUUUAAGUGGAUGUUUUUCGUGAUCUAAUUUUUCAAACUUAAGUUGGUGUCUAAAGUUGCUGUUAGAGCAUAAAUAAAACCAAAUGCCAAAAUUAUAAAGCUCAAAGUUUAAUGCGAUAUAAUUUCUUUAAAGCUGCCGUCGGAAACUCUGGAGGAUUGAGCAGUUUCCAAAUGUUUACAAUUUCAUGUCCCUCCCCCACUACCACCGAGCAACCUCCCUUCUCGAGCUCGUCCUCGUCAGCUCAUGUGCACCAGAAUUAUUGUGAACGCAUACUUAGCAAGAAUACUUAGAUUACUUACAUAACACUCAGAAAUACAAUCAAUGGUUGAUAAAGCACAAUUACCUGUAGAGAAGAAAUGUGGCAAGCUCUGCAUCCAGCUUGAACCCUUUAAAAUCUCAUAGAUUCCUCCACCGUUCAAAUGCUGGUUCCGAUACUGAUCCUAGUUUUAUUACGGUCACGGUCGCUUUCUAUCUUUGUUUCCUUCUUUUCAUUGGUUGUUUUCCUAGCUCUGGUUGUUAACCGAGGAAUCAGAAGUUUGUUGGUGAAAGUUCUCUUCGCCAUUACGCUGCGUUCAAUCCAACACGCUUGUGAACUUCAGACGGAUGCACGUGGUAUCGAACGCACGUAAGGGGGAGGGGGAUCUGUGGCGCGUGCAGGUACUGUGAUUGACAGGCAGAUUUUACACAGCCCUGCGCUGAUUGGACCAAAUGAACCGGCCUGUGCUGAUUGGACCAAAUAAACCGGGAGCGGUGGAUUUUUGCAAAACAAAUAACAGGCUCUAGGUGGAGCUAGAAGCGCGGGUUUUUUUCUUAAACAGUCUAAUUUAUGUUGUUCUAUCAGAGCAUAGUGUUGGUUAAUAUGGUAAAAAAAAUGAUCAAAAUAGUUGCAGACCGCAGCUUUAACAGAAUUCACUUUUCAAAGACUACAGAGAACGCCCGGUUUGGACUACAGCCCUCUACAUUCUGGAUAUAUGAUGUCAGUAUAAAAGUUUUGGACUAAUAUCUGCCCACAGGAAUAUGCCAGUCGCUAACUAAGCUAAGCUGCUGUCGAAUCACAACACACCAAACCAACUACACAAUCAGAACUCGUUACGUAUUUCUAAAGGAGGGAAUUCAAAUAAUAAGAAAGACAUCAGCCCGUUUUUAGGCAGUGAAAACAGCGGUAUAGAGAUAAAUUGUGUGAAAAAUACUGCGUUUUUUUUUUACACAUGAAACAUGAACACGUUAUAUUGUGCACCAUAAACACAAUCAUAGCUUAAAAAAACAGGAAAAAGGGGACCUUUAAAGAAAGACCUGACCCAAGAAAAACCCAACAAAUUAGACCCGAGUCAGACCUGACCAAUUUGCAAUUUUUUUUACCCACCUUGACUUUAAUGUAAACAGCACGGACGUGUGUGCAGUCUGCAGCCCGACAAAAAGAAACGCAAGCUCUCUUGGCAAACAGUGUGGGGUUGGAAAAGGACUCGAUGCAAGAAGCGAGAGUGUUCAGGGGACUCAUUUAUUAAGUGUGCGUAUGCACAGAUUUGAUCGUAAAGUGUCGGAUGUAGGAUGGUUUUUAUGCAGCAUUAUAUAAAUGAGGCCGUUAAUAUUAUACCCAACUCGUGUUUGAGGCACACAUUAAACUUUUCGACCCAAACUCGCUCAGGUCUCGGGUCUGACCUCAGGCUUUCAAUCUAAGUGGACCCGCAAAGACUUUUAGUUUAAACCCAUGGUUGGGUGAAAUAUGGGCAAAUCCAACCACUGCACUGUCAAAAUUAAGGGUGCUUAAAAGGUUAUUUACAGCAAUGCCAUAGAAAAACCAUUUUUCAAAGUACCAUUCAUACUAUAAGAAAAGGCAGUGAAAUUCAAACAACUUGGUUUUGCAAGUCAAUUCAACAUACUGUUUUAAGUUUAGAUUUAACUUCCCAUGCAGCAAAAAAAUAUAUUUUGAAAUAUAUUUCAAAUUGUAGAAAAAUGGCCAAAAAAUAAAUUUGCAGAAAUAUAUUUUGGAAUAUGUUUUCAAAAAUAUAUUUUUCACUAAUAUCUUUUUUGGCCAAAUUUUUUAUAUUUUGAAAAAUAUUUUUAAAAUAAAUUUUAAAGCAUUACAAAUAUUUUUUCCCCUAUAUAUUUCAAUCCAAGAAAAUAUAUUGAUGUCACAUUGAAAGAAAAACUUUGUUACGAACCUGUAAACAUAACAGUUUAAAAAAAAAAAGGUUAAAAUUAAAUACAUUUUCAACUUCAAAAAUAAACUUUAUAAAAUUAACUUGUAUUUAGCAUAUAUUUAAAAUAUAUUUAGGCAAAAAAUACUUUUUGCCAUAUGGGAUUUAAAAUUUAAAUAUAUUUGCUUACCCUUGAAAUACAUUUUAAAAAAUAUGUUUAAAACAUGUAUAAGAAUAUAUUUUAACAUACAUUGAUAUAUGAUGGUUAAAACUAAAUAUAAUUCCAAAUUUUAAAAACAUAUUCAAUUGAGCAUAACAUUCUACAAAAUGUAUUUAGCAUAUAUUAAAAUUUAUUUUUGAUAGGAGAAAUACAUUUUUUUGCUGUAUGGGUUAUACAAACAAGCUGAAUUUGUUAAAGGUGGCUUACAAUGUAAAACUUAGCCAUAGAUAAUUAAUAAGAGUUCUGUACAUGACAUAUGUGAGCCUCAAACAUGAUUGUUUCCUCUUUCUUAUGUAAACCUUGUGCAUGCAAAAGACCACUGGAAAACAAGCCACCUUAACACCAAAUGUGACAUUACUGUGUUGUAUGCCCCCAACAUUAAAUUAAUGAAAAUGUUGUUACAAUGCUAAAAACAAAGUUGUGACCACUGAGUUACCGUUAUAUGCCAGUUAAUGCUAUAUGCUAGCAUUAAGUUUGAAGUUCUACAGUGUCAAAAAUUUGUAUAUUAUAUAUUUUAUGUAAAUUUAUUUUAACGAAUUAAGUUAUGUCAAGUUAUCAGAAGUCAAAACUUAAAAUAGUAGGUUGAAUUGACUUGCAAAACCAAGUUGUUUUUAACUUCAUGCUGCAAUUUUUUUCAGUAUUGACAGUACAGUUAAAUUUUGCAGGUCCAUAAUAAACAAACACAAAUUUACCACUUAGAGAGUCAAUUUCAAUUGUCAGAAUAAUUGAUUUUUCCUUAAAAUCUGUCUGAUACAGGCUCAACAUAUAAGGUCUGUUUGCACACACACAGAGCUACUGAAAUAAGCCGCUCUGUGAAAUAGCCAAUCAGAGCAGAGCUCAACAUUAUUAUUUAUGACCAUUUCAAUUAGUAAUAGGUAAUAAUAGACCAUCUGAAUUUUUCAGUGAGUCAAAGGGUCUUUAAAGAAGCAUUUCUUUCUAACCUUUUAAUAAUCUGAAGAACCUUUUUUAAAACAAAACCAUUUUUGCAGAUGUUAAAGGUUCUUUAUGGAACCAUUUAGAAACAAAAAGAGUUAUUCUAUAGCAUCGUAAAGCACCUUUAUUUUUCUUUGAGUGAGGGUUGGAUAUAAAGGUUUUAUGUUUAUUUAUUUAAUAGGCUUGUCCUUAUUUUAACCCAGCAUUUUUUAGAACAUGAAAAUGUACUGCAUAAUAGAAAUGACCAAUGAACAAAGCACUAGUCAAGAACGCGCCAUUGCCCUCUCCAGAUUUAUAAUAAUGGAUCCUUUUAUAAGUUCGAUCACUGAUUUCUGUUAUCCUCAUCAGGAUUUAUAAAUAUAUUUAGGGGAGCACACACCAAGCAAGUUGUGCUGCUCCUAAACUGUGUAUUCAUCCCAUACUCUGGUGAGAACGAAACCCUUUCUAGAGUCUGUUAUUAAUGUAUGCAUAUAUGGAUGUGUAAAAUUGACCAAUUUUGUUACUUAGAGAAUGUUUCUGGGAAUGGUUGUUGUAUCGUAGUGCAUCCCACUAGUUUACAGGUUUUACCCAUCUGCAACUACGUACACCCAAGCCAUGACCUGUUAAUGUUAUUGUCUUGGUGCAAUAUUUAGUUUGGUUUUUGGAGUUUAUGGAAGUGAUUAUUUAUCUAUUUACGAAUUGAUUUGGGUUAUUUAGCUUGUUUACUUGGACCCCACCCUUGUCCCAUCACUGCUAGGUGUCCGGGACACUCUUACUACUUAAACGCGGUAUUGUCUUAGCUCUUACUCUCGUUGCUUCUGCAUGAUAAUAAGAAAUUAGUAAGACGAUGUUUCACUGCCCUUGAUAGAACUUAAAAAAAGAAACUUUAUUGGACUGUUACGAGUUGUAUAGUGAGUAAAACUGUACCCUACCCACUGUAUUAUGUGCUUGUUAUAUUAAAUGCUCUAUGACAAGCUUAUAGCAUACACAUAUGGAGAUAUUUGGUAGAUUUAUAUUGUGUAACAUUGUGAUAGCAUGUACAUAAAAAAAUACCUCCUCUGCAAUAAAUAUUUCUACAGAAA